AUGGAACUUGUAUUGAUGAUAUUAAUAGUUACAGAUGUAGUUGUGAAGAUGGUUAUGCAGGAGAACAUUGUGAAGUCGCAUCGCAAUGAGUUGCGCCCUCUUGAGGCUAAGCAACGUAUGUCGGUGAAAGGAAAGUCGUUCAUAUUACAUUUGGUGUUUUCUAAUGAAGAGCAAGAUAUUAAUGACUGUGAACCAAAUCCAUGCCAAAACGGUGGAGUUUGUACUGAUGGUGUGAACAUGUUUUCAUGUAAUUGUCCGGAUGGUUACCAGGGGUCACUCUGCGGAGGAGAUACGGACGAGUGUAGUACUUCACCAUGUGCCAAUGGAGCUAUUUGUUUAAAUAGGUUUGGUGGGUUUGAAUGCGAGUGUGCACCAGGCUUCAGCGGAACACUGUGUAAUACCGACAUUGAUGAAUGUGUGAGUAGUCCAUGUACCAAUGGCAGCACAUGCUCAGAUCAAAUAAAUGGUUACUUGUGCCGGUGUGCCCCUGGAUUUACUGGAGCUAGAUGUGACGAAAACAUUGAUGAGUGUCUAAGUGACCCUUGUAUAAACGGUGGUACAUGUUUCGAUGGCGCCAAUUCUUUCAGCUGUUCCUGCGUUCUUGGAUACGAGGGCGAAUUAUGCCAGACAAAACUCAACAAUUGUGACCCCGAACCGUGUUUGAAUGGAGGGACUUGUCAAGAUAUGCCGGACGGAUUUAUUUGUAUGUGUCCGGUUGGUUUCGACGGAGAUCAUUGCGGAACUAACAUCGACGACUGUCUCGAUGCGCCAUGUCAAAAUGGUGCCGCGUGCGUUGAUGGGCUCAACGAUUUUACUUGCAGCUGUGUUAUUGGUUAUGAGGGAAAAACAUGUGAAGAAAACCCAGAUGAUUGCUCUGUUGAUGCCUGCAAAAAUGGCGGUACUUGUGUAGAUGGAUUAGGAACGUACCAUUGUGACUGUAUACCGGGGUAUGAAGGAGAUGACUGCAGCAUUGAUACUGACGAUUGUCAGGACGCCCAGUGUGAAAAUGGAGCACAGUGUGUGGAUAUGGUCGAUGAUUUCCUGUGCCAAUGUCCAAAUGGAUUUAUUGGUAAAACUUGCAGUAGUGAAAUCAAUGAGUGCAGUUCCGGUCCAUGUCAACAUGGUGGCACAUGCGCAGACGCAGUCGGUAGUUAUUCAUGUACAUGCACUGAAGGUUAUACUGGUGUAAAUUGCGAAGAAGAAAUUGACGAGUGCAGUUCUAAUCCGUGUCAAAAUGGUGGCACAUGCGCAGACGCUGUCAGUGGUUAUUCGUGUACAUGCACUGAAGGUUACCGCGGUGUGAAUUGUGAAGAAGAAAUACCUACACUAGCGCCACCUCCACCACCGCCGCCACCAAUGAAUGUGGCUGUUGAAACUAUAGGUGGUGUUUUAGUCACAGACUUACCUGCAGACGUUGGUCCUUGUGAAAGCUAUCCUUGCAAAAAUGAAGGCACGUGCGAUGGCACAAGUGGGAUAGUCGUGUGUGCAUGCGCUGACGGAUGGCAGGGACCCACAUGUGAAGAAGAAAUAAAUGAAUGUGAUUCAGGACCUUGUCAUAAUGGAGCAGAUUGUAGUGAUCGAUUGAAUGAUUAUUACUGUGAAUGUCCUGACGGAUAUGGAGGGAAACAAUGCGACGAUCCUGCGUCUGCUUGUUUAUCCAAUCCGUGUCAUCAUGGCGGAACCUGUAACGACUUCGGCGAUCAUUAUGCCUGUGAUUGUCCACCAGGAUUAACUGGUUGUGAAUGUGAAAGUCCUAUUGACCUGUGUGAGAGUAAUCCGUGUUCACACGACGGUACAUGUAUCAAUCAUAGAACUACUUUCGAGUGCAUGUGUGCAUAUGGACACACAGGGGAAACGUGUGAAGAUGAUGAAGAAGUGGUUGACCCAGUUCCUGCCGGGGACACACCACCGCUAGACCAGUUUAUGUUAACUGAAGGAACAGAACUUCCAAACUUCGACUAUGAAAUACACAAAGGAGUGAAUGCAGAGAAAUGUGCUGAGAUAUGCCUAGGAAGAAAGAAUUAUUUAUGCAGAUCUUUCGAAAUCGUCAUGGGUGGUGUAUGUGCUCUACAGAAGCACACACCAUUUACAUCCGGGCACUUUUUGCAUUCAAAUCCUGAUAAGCAAUACUAUGAAAGAGUAAUACCAGGAAACAUCGAGUGCGAUUUUGAAAAUCAGGAAAUAUGUGGAUAUAAACCUCGGAAGAUAGAUAGCACGUUCGUGCGGUUUACAGGACCGACACCAGCACAGCGAACAGGUCCGGAAAAAGACCACACCACAGGAACAGGUUUCUAUAUGUACAUGGCCGUGAAAAAUCAGCAUCCAGAGAGUCUUGCCAGGUUAUACUCCCCUAUUAGUCCACCCACAGAUUCAACUACAUUGACCUUCUUCUAUCACAACUUUGGUUCUGGUGUCGAGAGGCCUUUAGGCGGUGAGAUUAAAGUAUACAUUGUACCUCAAGAUGCUGACCCUGAGGGUAUUGAACCCAUAUGGACGCAACAAGGAUCAGAGUCCCCUGAUUGGUUGAAAGCGCAGAUGCAAUUGAGCAGCAGACUCCCCUUCCAGGUGGUAUUUGAAGGCAUCCGUGGUCCAACUCCCAAGAGCGAAGUUGCCAUCGACGAUGUUAGUAUUUCAGAAAGUCCUGUAGCUGAUACUAUAAAUUGCAACUUUGAAGAUCCUUACCGGUGCGGUUACAGAAACGAUCCCAGUGCGGACUUCAAUUGGUAUUGGCAGGAUGGUCCAACGCCAACACCAGAUACUGGACCUGAUGAAGACCAUACCACAGGGACACAGGAGGGACACUUCAUGUAUGCCGAACCUACUGAUCGUGAACCAGGUCAACAUGCUCGAGUGUUUUCACCUGUAAAUCAACCUUACAAUGGGCCAUUCGAAUUCUUCUAUCACAUGGACUGUGGAGGAACAUUGAAUAUAUUUGUUGUCACGGGAGACGGGGAGAUGGGCGCUCCUAUUUGGAGUAAACAAGGUGACUUCGGGAAAGAGUGGUUUCGCGGUGUUGCUAAUGUCGUCGCCAGUGAACCAUUCAAGCUUGCUUUUGAGGCAGUACGUGGAGAAAGUGACUGUUCAGAUGUUGCUUUUGAUGAUGUUAGGAUUCCAGAUCCUGGUGAAAUUCUACCACCUGAAGACGAACCCCAACCAUGCAGUGACAGUGACUCAGAGAAAAAGAAGAAAUAA